UGGCCCUCGCUCACAUCCUCGCCGGGUGUGGCUGCGCGGCUUCUCCACUGAUCCAGGAACUGCAGCGAGUCGCUUGUUGUUCACAGAGAGGAGACAUGGCCGAUACAGGAGGAGCCCCCGCCCCCCCCCGGCAGCAGCACCAGCAGCCCGGCUCAGGUGUGCAGAGCGAGGACAACCCUGCUUCAGGCCCCGAGAGCAUGAAGAGCCCCAACAAGACCCAACCAGCCGGGGCCCCCGAGCAGAACGGGACAGGGGCCGUGAUCGGGGGCAAAGAGGAGCAGGACCCUAAGGGGGCCGAGGAGACCAAAAUCCAGGAUGACCUGAAGGAGUGUGAGGACCCGGAGAAGCCCGAGGAGGAGCCUCCGGAGCCCCUGGGCCCCGACGACGUGGUGUGCGACUCGUGCAUUGAGAGCCCCCGCAAGGCCCUCAAGUCCUGCCUCACCUGCCUGGUGUCCUACUGCGAGGCCCACCUCCGGCCCCACCUGGAGAACCCAAAGUUCCAGAACCACCGGCUGGUGGAGCCGCUCAGGGACAUCGAGAGGCGGACCUGCGAGAGCCACAAGUGGCCCCUGGAGCUCUUCUGCUGCGCCGACGAGUGCUGCGUGUGUCAGGACUGUGUGACGGAGGAGCACCGGGGCCACAACACGGCCCCCGUGACGGAGGCCCGGAGCCGGAUAGAGAAGGAGCUGAGGGAGAAGCAGGGCGAGAUGGUGAGGACGGUGGCGGCAGGAGAGAACGCCAUCAACAAACUUCAACUCAACACCGUCUCCAUUGAGCUUUCAGUGACGGAGGUGCGGGCGGAGAUCGAGAGCCAGUUCGAGGAGCUGCAGGCGGUGGUGGAGCGGGCGAAGCGGGAGGUGACGGAGAUCCUGGAGGGCGAGGAGAAGCAGGCGCUGAGGCAGGCCGAGGGCAUCCGGGUCCACCUGGAGCAGAGGUGCUCGGAGCUGAAGAAGACACAGGGGCAGAUGGAGAAGCUCUCCAAGCACAAGAACGAUGUGGACUUCCUACAGGAGUACUCCCAGUGGAAGAAGGAGUCCACUGACAUCUCCCUGCCGAGCGUCUACAUCGGCCUGACGGACCGCCUGAAGUCCUUCAGCCGCGUGAUCGUGGACUCCACGCGGGAGCUGUGCGCCAUGCUGGUGUCUUCUUACAUAGAGAAGGUCAAAGACACGUGCAAGAACGACAAGAUGGGCAUAAAGACGACCGUUCAUGAGAUUGUUGCAAGGAAGCAGCACAUGUCUUUACCAAAUCCAGUGACACACGCAGACUUCCUCAAGUAUGUCGCCCACGUGAGCUUCGACGCCGACAGCGCUCACAAGUUCCUGAGGCUGACGGAGGAAAACCGGAAGGUGACCAACACCACGCCGUGGCAGCACCCUUACCCCGACGUACCGGAGCGCUUCGACAACUGGCGCCAGGUCCUGGCCACCGAGAGCUUCUACCUGGGGCGGCACUACUUCGAGGUGGACAUCAGCGGCGAGGGCACGCACAUCGGCGUGGCCUACAAGAGCAUCGACCGCAAGGGCGGCGAGAGCAACAGUUGCAUCACGGGGAACAACUUCUCCUGGUGCGUCCAGUGGAACGGCCGCGCCUUCUCCGCGUGGCACAGCGGCGUGGAGACCCCGCUCGCCGUGGAGAAGUUCACGCGCAUCGGGGUCUACGUGGACUACGCCGGAGGCCUGCUGGCCUUCUACGGCGUGGACGACGCCCUGACGCUCAUCCACGAGUACCGGGCGGAGUUCCUGGAGCCGCUGUACCCGGCGUUCUGGUUGUCCAAGAAGGAGAACGUGGUGGCCUUGGUGGCGCCCGGGGAGCCGCUGCGGCUCAAGAGCCCGUCUCCUCCCAGCUCGCCCACCAGCGGAGCGAUCGCUCCCAUAACAGCAGCGGAGCAGUGAUUCAAAGUCCGGUUUCCCUCCCUGAUGUGGACACAAUGUUCAACCGGUUUUCAGCUGCAGGUUUACUGUAAAUCUAAUGUAAAGAAUGUGAUGAAUUGAGUGUUUACGGCGUGUAUAUUUGAGCUCAAGCCAUAUUUAUAAACUAGCGUAGUUUUGGGGCUUGUUACUUUUCAUCCCACUGUGAAUUCCGAGGUGUAUUUUCUGAAUGCAAAUAAAAAAAUGUAUUUUCAUUUGCA